AUGAAGAAAUGGGAGAUGGAUGAAGGCCUAGGCCUGCUGGCAGAGGAGAGAACCUUGCUCGGGUUUAAUUUGGUCCUCGCCAUCAGCAGCAUCUCUGACAGCCUGAGAGGGCCAGGGCGUGAAGCUACGGCCAAUGACGUUUCUGAGUGGCUGAAAAGUGCCAAGAAAGCUAUGAGCCCCAAAGUUGUCUCCGUGUACCUCCGGAUUCGGGAUCGGUUCCCACCGGAGGCAGUGGUGCACCGGCUGCAGGUGGAUGCUGGCUUGAAAAGACAUGAACUUCUUCCGUUCAUUGGCCGGUCGCUGGCAAAGCGGCGCAUCGUUACCUACUUUGUGAACAGGUUCAAGCCGGCAGACAAGGACGGGGUGCAGUACGUUCCGGGGCGGUCUCCCGCCCAGGUCCUCACACAGACGUUUACAAAUUUCAAGAGUUUCUUGGAGAGCGGACUUUGUGGCGCCAUCUUCCGCGAUGCGCCACAUCUUGGUUGGCUCCAGCAGCUGCCGGAUUUCAUGCAGGAGAUCAUUGAAUUCUUAGCCGCGGUCCUCAGUGGCACGGGCAAGUAUGACGAGGCCAUCGACGCCCUGGUGGCAGAGAACUACUUAGUGCCGGCAGAGCGGGUGCUGGCCAACAAGGACGUAUUCACUAUCGAUGUGGAGCUGCUCGAGAAGGACAUGGCAGCCUGGUUGAUACCGGACCCGCCGGCAGCUGCGGCCGUGGAGGUGAAGCCGGAUUCACAGCCUGAGUCUCAGAAAGCGGAGGAACCAGGAGCUGCGCCGCUGCCGGACCAGUCAGAGCCAGAUCCGGUGGAGGAGCCGCUCUCCUUUGCCGCAGAGGGCCCUCCGGCGCGAGCUGAAACCUUCCGCAUGCUGGUCCUCAACCGGUGCCAGCAGGACAUGCUGGACAGACUUUCAGCCGAUGCCUGGGAAAAGGCCCUCUUGCAGGCCACCACGAGUGCCAAAACUGCCAACAUCGUUGCAGGCAACCUGGACGUUGACCUGAACGCCACUGACGGAGGGCUGGCCAUCCUGCAUAUCAUAGACUGCAAGACACUGGCCAUCACGGAUUGCGAGAAUGCCAUCCGCUACCCGUUCCGUUUCGGGCCGGCGAUUGAUGUUGUCAAACUGAAGAACCUCAUGGCCAAUAUCUUCGGGACGAAGGAGGGCGAGAGCAAAUUCCGAUCAUGUGAUGCAGCCCUCAUCUUCGACGGCAGAUCCCGCAAGUACGACAAAGAGGUCGCGAAACAGCUCAAUGCUCACAUCAAGUUUGUGGCGAAGGAAAUUUUGCCGGCUCGGAGGUAUGAAGUCUUCAGGCUGCAUUACCACAACAGAGAAUUUAUGGAUGGCGGCGCUGUGAGAAAGAGAGCUACCUCUGCAAAUCUCCAGUGUCCUGACCACCUGGAGUCCGGGAUCUGCAUCAUGGGCAAGGAUUUCAAAGCGAGCCUGGCGGUUCUUCCACGCAAGCACUUUGAUGUCCCGUCGACGAGUCUCGACGGUUUCAGGCAGGUUCGUGUAGAGUAUAGCACGUCUGACAUGUCAUACAUGUAUCCUGCAGUGAGGAAUCAGAGCCGCGGCUUCAGUGGUUUGAACUUGAAUCCGGAGCCAGUGCGGGUUACGGCCGACACCCGCUCCUGCUUGGCCUCGGGAUCAACGGUGGAGCAGGGAGCGGACUUGGAGGGCGAGCAGGAGGAAGACAAGGGCCAUCUGCUUUUCCCAUGGGAAUGGCCAGAGAAUGUGUGGGAUGAGAUUUUCCACUCUAUGGGUGCAGCUGCUGGGCAACUUGAGCGGCUUGUAGGCAAUGUGAUCUUGACAUGCCCAGUCACAGUUGUUGAAGAAUUGCGGCUGAGGAUUUACCAUCACACCGCUGACCAGGGCUACGCAGCUCUGGCUGCCUUGCGCCACAAGUACAAGUACAGGACAUCAGCAUUGAGCGAAAAACAUCGGCAGCUCAUCCGAGAGGUCCUCGCCUAUCGGAUCGUCUCGGACAUCUGCUCCGGCUCCCGUGACUGGGGCCGAAAAUUGCGCAGGGAAACCAGUUUGGCAGGUGACGUCCCGACAGCGGACGAGAGUGAGAUCCAGCCGACGGGUUCCAAGAAACAGAAGACAGAGCAGAAUGGCGACAACGAGGGCGGCGGGUGCUCCUCCGAUACCUCGGGUAUCACUGACGACGAGGAGCAGUGA